AUGCAGAAACCUCUUACCCGCUUGGACGCCUUGGUGGACGCAUUCGCCUGUCAUCAAAAGCUGGACUAUACCCGCUACGUCCUGGCCCACAAAGAUCUCCACAUGGCCAACAUCAUGUAUUAUGAAUACAGCGAGCGCAUUGCCGGCAUCCUCGACUAG